AUGGAUCUCAUGAAUCGUGUUUGCCGACCUUAUCUUGAUCAUUUUGUCAUUGUUUUCAUUGAUGACAUUCUUAUUUACUCCAAAUCUGUUGAAGACCAUCGUGAGCACUUGAGGACUAUUCUUGAGGUUCUCAGGGAGAAUAAGCUAUAUGCAAAAUUCUCCAAGUGUGAAUUCUGGCUUAAGGAAGUUCAUUUCCUUGGGCAUGUCAUUUCUAGUGAAGGUUUGAAAGUUGAUCCAUCAAAAAUUGAAGCUGUGAUGAAAUGGGAGCAGCCGAAGUCGUCGACGGAAAUAAAGUCUUUUCUGGGUUUAGCUGGCUAUUACAGGAGGUUCAUUCAAGAUUUUUCUCGUAUUGCUAAGCCGAUGACUGAGUUGACAAAGAAAGGGGUGAAGUUCGUGUGGACUGAUUCACAAGAAAGAUCUUUUCAGAUUUUGAAGAAGAAAUUGUGUAGACUUAUGGAGCUUGAGGAUUGUGGCUUUAGUUACCCAUAG